GACAAAAUCAAGGUAUCAUAAAGGCUAUAACAGGAGCAAUGCAAGAUGAGACGAAUUGGAAGCAGGCGUUGAAUAUCUAUGUGCAUACACAUAAUACCAUGAAACCACAUUCCCGUCUCGGUAUUACACCGUUCGAACUACUUGUCGGAUGGAAAUAUAGGGGUACAUUCGUGAGCCUUUGGGUGCCUCCGAAACAGAUCGACCGUGAUGCCGUUCGAGAUAAAGAUGCAGAAGCAAAACUAGUCAGCAAAAAGUAUGCAGAUCUCCAUAGGGGAGCGAAAGAAUCUAAUAUAACAAUUGGCGACAGGGUGUUAUUGGCCACUAAAAGGCAUUGCAAGACUGACCCAACAUUUUCAAAGGAGAAAUACACGAUUAUUGCGAGAGAUGGCGCCAAGGUUAUUAUUCAAAGCGAUAGAGGUGUGCAAAUUACAAGAAAUAUUCAGGAUGUUAAAAGUAUAUCAAAUUUUGAAUUGGAGUCACAAGAAUCCUUGGAAGCAUCAAGCAAGGAAGAUCGAGCACUCAUGUUUGGAUCAGACAAUGAGCAACUGAUGGACAGUAACCCUGUGGAACAUAACUAACAGCAGGACAUAAACAUUUCCAGACCUAGAAGAAAUAUUCAGAAACCCAGUAGAUUUAAAACUAUGUUCAUGUAUCAUGUAUAUCAAUAAUCAGUAGGGGUAGUAAAGAAUGUAGUGUACAAAUGAGUUUGAUUAAAAAUAUGUUUUAAAAAAAUAAUUAACUUAGGAGACACAGGCAUCAGAGUAGUUAAAGCCAAAUUAUUUAUGAUAAUAAAUUCAGUCUUAAGUGAUAUUUGAGCAC